CAAGAGCUGGCACCGUGGAACAGACUCCACUGCAUUGAGCUUGCAAAUAAAUUGAAAUGAAAGGAAUAUUUGUGACAACGUGAGUGGUUCAGUUUUAAACCCUCACCCGAGGUGAUGUCCAGACUGAACCCCAAAGACCACUCGCUCCCCGACGGUGGCUUUGUGUGACGUCAUCGCCGGGCGCCCCGGCUCACAAGGCGGCGCCGGCCUUGCAGUCGGGAGUGAUGGAGAGCGGCGGCGGCGGCGGCGGCGGCAGCAACGUGCUCAACGGUGGCGACGAGCAGAAAAAGAUGAGUUCGGCACGGAGGAGGGCCGAGCUCCGUCGGAGGAAGCUGCUCCUGAACUCAGAGGAUCGGCUGAACCGAAUAAUGGGCUUCAACAAAAACGGGGCGGAAGAGGGGAACCGAGCAGACUCCCUUCCACCAUAUGAACUGGAGAAAACAGAAUCUCUGCUGACUUCGAGCUUUUCCAAAAGAACCCCAGGAAUUCCUGAUGAAACUGAUAGUUCAGUGACAUCCAUCCAUUAUACUAAUGGAACAGAGAGUCAAGGGCCAUAUUCUGCAGACAGAAAAGACUCAUUUAACAAAGCUAAUGAGGCUGACAAUGAUUUGGGCCCAAGAAAUCGGGACCUAGGAAAAUCAGAUGUGCCGCUAGAGCAGGUUCAGCGUGCUCCCCGUCGUGGUAUUGAGCAGUAUAUAUCACGAUUUGAUGAAGCUAUGAAACUUAGAAAUCAACUGAUGAAUGAGAAGCCUGGUCAGGAGAAUGGAGGUGAAGCUGAAGAGUUUGGCACAUUCCGGGUUUUCCGCUUAGUGGGUAGUGCUCUUCUAGCCUUAAUGGUUAGAAUCUUUGUAUGCAAAUACCUGGCCAUUUUUGCUCCCUUUCUGACUCUUCAACUUGCAUAUAUUGGCCUAUCAAAGUACUUUCCGAAGAGUGAGAAGAAGGUAAAGACAACCGUAUUGACUGCGGCUCUGCUUUUGUCGGGAAUUCCUGCUGAAGUCAUCAAUCGCUCAAUGGAUACAUAUGGAAAAAUGGGAGAUGUAUUUGCAGAUCUUUGUGUCUAUUUCUUCACCUUUAUCUUUUCCCAUGAAAUCCUUGUCUUUCUUGGAGUUGAUUUGCCUUGACUUUAUUCAGCACAGGAGGGGAAAGGAAAUGAGAAAAAGCUUUUUCAUCUAACUUUGCAGUAUGCACUGUCUGUGCCAUUCAUUCCCUUAGACUUAACAGGCACUAAUCUUUCAGGCUGUUGCAGGCUCUCAGUUGUUUUUCCCCACCUGAGUCACUUCACUCAAAUAUAAUAGUUGAAGGAAAAAUAAAAUUCAAAGACAAAAAUAAGUUAUGUGGUUGGAAAACUAUAAUGAAAGAACUUCAAGAAACAUUUUUCCUUUAAUUCAUUUUUGCAAAGUUUGGCAUCAAGUAGUUUGUUACUACUAAUUUAAAAAAAAGUUGAGAAUACAUCAAGGACCUCAUCUGUAUAUUCAUAAUCGGUAUGAUUAUCAUAAGCCAUUUGAUAAUGCAAAAGGUACUGUAACUUAAAGUACAGAGUACAACAAAGCCUUUAUCACACAAGUGUAUCUUUUUGUUUUGGAAAGUUGACACUACUAAUGACUGCUUGAUAGUCUACUUAUCUGAGAUCUGUUUCCACUAUUUGGGACUGUGUUUGACUGGAAAGAAUUCGCUGUCCAGUGAGUUUGUUAUUCUUUCAUUGUGGCAUACUGUGAUUAAAUUAUUUGACCCAGGUUUUGUAUUUAUAUUAGAUUUUGUGUUUUCUGUAAGCCAUUGAAGAGCAGAGUGAAUGUCUUUAUUGUGCAAUUCAAAAUCCAUUAAAAAUUAGGUACAUAACAAUUUACAUAUUUAGUCUAAUUAUUUGUGUAAAUCUAUCCAAUAAAACUAUGCCGCUAGUAUAAAAGGUUAUUUGAUAACCGACACUAAGGUUUUGCAUUUAUGUGACUUUGUAGUGUAAGGUGAUACAUUAUUCAACCCUGUUUAAUCUGUGCUGCCCUCCAGCAAAAGGGCAGGAUGAAUCAACAAGGUGGUGAUGUACAAGAACACAAGUGAUUUCUUUUUUCCCUCUAUACACUGGGUGCUUGCGUAGUUUGUGAAGGGAAAAAUGCCUCUUUUUCUCUCCCUCUCUAUUUUAGUGGCUGCUGAGUAUGUCACGUUAUGAUGAGCUAAAUGCUGGAAUCCUGAAUAAAAUCUUGUUAUAUAA